AUGGCGCCCUCCGCGCCCCCGCCCCCGCCCCUCGCCCGCCGGCUCGUGGCCCUGGCCCUGGCCCUCGCCCUCGCCGCCCUCGUUUCCCCCGCCUCCGCCGCCAGGAAGAUCCCGGCCUCCGUCACCCCGAUCUCGCGGGACCUCUACCGCCCCAGUGAUACCCUUCUGAGCGAGAUCAAGGCCCUCGUUGCUCGGAAUCCGGAUAGGUUGACCAUGGAUACAGUAAGAGCUAGUAACAAAGGGUAUUCUGCGGAGAUGCUCGUUGUUACUUUUAAUCAUGUGAAGAAAACCGUACAUGCUGGCUCGAAGAUUAAAAUCCUUCUGAGCUUUGGGCAGCAUGGCAGAGAACUUAUUACCUCUGAACUUGCAUUAAGUCUGCUCUACAUUUUGACGGAGAAGCGCAAAAUUGCCGGUGUGGAUCUAUCAUCCUUUGAGAAAAUUCUGGAGCACCUUGUGAUCAAAGUGGUGCCAAUUGAAAAUUUUAAUGGCCGUAAGCGCGUUGAAGCAGGGGAGAUUUGUGAUAGGAGAAAUGGAAGAGGAGUUGAUCUUAACAGAAAUUGGAGCGUUGAUUGGGGAAAGAAGGAAAAGGAUUAUAACCCAUUUGAGGAGGAUCCUGGUACUGCUCCUUUCAGUGAACCUGAGGCCCAGAUCAUGCAAGAACUAUCCAAGUCAUUUAAACCGCAUAUCUGGGUGAAUGUGCAUUCUGGAAUGGAGGCAUUAUUUAUGCCAUAUGACCACAAGAAUACUACACCAGAUGGAGCGCCUUCUCACUUGAUGAGGUCAGUUUUAGAGAAUGUGAACCAUCGCAAUUUCCAAGACAGCUGCCUAGUUGGAUCAGGUGGUGGAGCUGUAGGGUACCUUGCACAUGGGACUACAACUGAUUAUCUGUAUGACAUUGCGAAGGUGCCAAUGCCUUUCACAUUUGAGAUAUAUGGAGAUGAGAAAGCAUCCACCGAUGACUGCUUCAAAAUGUUCAACCCUGUUGACAAGAUAACAUUUGAUAGAGUCAUUAACAAGUGGUGCAUGGCGUUUCUCAUACUUUUCGAGGAAGGGCUGCGAACCCUACCCGACGAUCAAGUAGUAUCCCAAGGAGCACUGGAUAACUGGGUCCCUAUGGGAGGAGAGAUUUUGGAGAGAAAUAUGGACCAAAAGAGCGGCGGUGAAAAUGGGAAACUUGAAGGCCUUGACCUCGGAAUGCAGGAGCUAAAAACCUACUUUAGGUUAUUUAUGCUAUCGACAUUCCUGCUGAUGUUCAUGUUCUGCUCGAGGAUAUCAAAAAACAGGAGCAGAGACUCAGAUGAACAAAGUACAGCAUGA